UUCACCUGAAGACGACUUUUUUUAAUCACCGGGUCACGACUUGAAAAAAAACAAAUGGAGUAGCUAGUAGCUAGUAGAAGUUGCACGCGCUACGUGAUUAGCCGCCAUUUGGGACGGAACGAACAGUUUUAAGUUAACGUUUUAUGUUGACGACUUUCCCUUCAAAAUAAAGGAGGCAUUUUAGUAGUUAUGUAUACAUUUUCCGUGGUAAACUCCUAUGUCAUGUGGCUAUAUAUCGUGAAAUGACUUUUCGAAGUGGGAAGCUGUAAAUAAUGUAUUUUUCUUACUAUCCACUGGCCACUACAGUAACCUGCAUUACAAGAAACGUGUGUUGUGUUUGUCUUUCUGCUACUCAUGUUUUUUUUAUUUUGAAAAAAACGAUCGGACGUUGUUAUUCCUCUGCUAGCUUGGCGGCAGUAAAUUAUAUGUUUUAUACAGUCUAUGGGUAAGUUAGUACUAAUGGAAAUAAUUGAGGUAGAAACACACUAGCUGCAACCCAGGGACGUCGGUCCCCCGAUAAAUUUGUGUAUUUUUUUGUUGUGUUGUCCGCGGACAACCCAAGAUGGCAGCGAGCACAGAGGCCCCGGAGCCCUGGUACCUAGCCCUGCUGGGCUUUGCAGAACAUUUCCGCACGUCAAGUCCGCCGAAGAUCCGUCUGUGCGUCCACUGUCUGCAGGCAAUGUUUCAGUUCAAGCCGUCUGCGAGGGUCGAGGCCCGGACUCACCUGCAGCUGGGCUCGGUGCUGUACCGACACACAAAGAACAGCGAGCUGGCCCAGACUCACCUGGAGAAAGCGUGGUUCAUAUCACAACAAAUCUCUCAAUUUGAAGAUGUGAAGUUUGAAGCAGCAAGUAUCCUAUCAGAGUUCUACUGUCAACAGAACUUGGUGGACUCUGCAAAGCCAGUGCUGCGGAAGGCCAUCCAGAUUUCUCAGCAAACUCCCUACUGGCACUGCAGACUGCUUUUUCAACUGGCGCAACUACAUGCGCUAGAGAAGGACUUAGUAUCGGCCUGCGAUCUCUUAGGAGUCGGGGCAGAGUAUGCAAGAGUAAUGGGCUCAGAGUACACAAGAGCUCUGUUUUUACUAAGUAAAGGAAUGCUGCUGCUGAUGGAGCGGAAGCUGAGCGAGGUGCACCCUCUGCUGACACUGUGUGGGACCAUUAUUGAAAACUGGCAGGGAAACCCCAUUCAGAAGGAGUCCCUCCGAGUUUUUUUCCUAGUGCUGCAGGUGACACACUACCUGGAUGCUGGACAGGUAAAGAGUGUGAAGCCGUGUCUAAAGCAGCUUCAGCAGUGUAUCCAGACCAUCUCAACGCUCCACGACGAUGAGAUCCUUCCCACUAAUCCAGCAGCUCUCUUCCACUGGCUGCCCAAAGAGCACAUGUGUGUGCUCGUCUACCUGGUGACAGUGAUGCACUCCAUGCAGGCAGGCUACUUGGAGAAGGCACAGAAGUACACAGACAAAGCCCUCAUGCAGCUGGAGAAGCUGAAGAUGCUGGACAACAGUCCCAUCCUGUCCACGUUCCAAGUCAUCCUGCUGGAGCAUAUUAUCAUGUGCCGACUGGUCACUGGACACAAGGCCACAGCUUUACAAGAGAUUUCUCAGGUUUGUCAGCUUUGCCAGCAGACUCCCAGGCUGUUUACAAAUCAUGCUGCCCAGCUUCACACACUACUGGGCCUCUACUGUAUAUCAGUAAACUGCAUGGAUAAUGCUGAGGCUCAGUUCACUGCUGCUCUUCAGAUGACAACACACCAGGAGCUGUGGACAUUUAUUGUGACCAACCUGGCCAGCGUCUACAUCCGGGAAGGCAACAGACAUCAAGAGCUGUACAGCCUUCUUGAGAGGAUUAAUCCUGAUCACAACUUUCCCGUCAGCUGUCAUUGUCUACAAGCCGCAGCGUUUUACAUCAGAGGGCUUCUGUCUUUCUUCCAGGGACGCUACAAUGAGGCCAAAAGAUUUCUAAGGGAGACCCUGAAGAUGUCUAACGCUGAGGAUCUGAAUAGGCUGACUGCCUGCUCGCUAGUCCUACUGGGUCAUAUCUUCUUUGUCCUGGGCAACCAUAGGGAAAGUAACAAUAUGGUGGUUCCUGCCAUGCAGCUGGCCAGCAAGAUCCCCGAUAUGUCUGUGCAGCUCUGGUCCUCUGCUCUUCUCAAAGAUCUGAACAAGGCUUGUGGAAACUCCAUGGACGCCCACGAGGCAGCUCAGAUGCACCAAAACUUUUCCCAGCAGCUCCUGCAGGACCACAUCGCGGCCUGCAGCCUCCCUGAACACAAUCUCAUCAGUUGGACAGACGGCCUCCCCCCUGUGCAGUUUCAGCCUCAGAAUGGACCUACUACCAGCCUGGCCAGCCUGCUCUGAGAAAAAAAACCCACCCUGGCAGAGAAAAGGAGACGUGGAAGAGUAAUUGUAGGGGAAAUUACUUGAAAAGAUAAACAGAAGGAGCUGGUAAAAGGGUAAGAAUUAGAGGAGGCAGGAUAAUGAAAUUAGAAACUGCCCGUUGUCAUUUGGCAGGCUUCCAUUAGGUGCAUUCCCUCACUUGUUUGGGGCACAGGAUCACCAUAACUGGAUUUGAAUUUUUUUGGAAAGUAAAGGGUGUCAGGGAACAUUUGAUAUUAUACUGACACACUCUGGAGUGGUUGUAAUUGCGUGUUUUCUCCGCUCAAAAACAAAUUCAAGUUUUAAAACAUUUUGGGAAAUAUUGUUAUUUGCUUUCUUGUCACAAGUUAAAUGAGAAGAUUGAAAUCUCUGAACGCUAAAUAUGAAGUUAGCUUAGCUUAGCACAAACAGUGGGAAACAGCUAGUGUUAGUCUAAGUGAGCACUGGUAGGUGGAUUUUGUUACUUUUGGACAGAGCUAGGCCCGCUCUGUCCCUAUUUCCAUUCUUUGUGCGAAGCUAGGCAGUAGCUUUAUAUUUACAGGACAUGAGAGUGACAUCCACCUUCUCUUGUAUCUCUCUGCAAGAAAGCAAUUACACAUAUUUCCCAAAAUGUGUAAAGCCAAAAGUUAUGUUUACGUUAAGUGUUACUCAACAAAAAUUGUAUUUGUAUCCUUGAGCUCUAACAAAUGUGUAAAAUGCAUUCCUCCAAAAACAUUAGCAAAGCUGAUUUUGAACUAGCUUGCUGUCUUCUUCUUCUUCCCUGCCUUUGUUGGCAACUUGCUAUAUAUAUCGUGGAGUUACCGUCACCUGUUAAUCAGUGGAAAAGUAUGACAUCAUUGGUCAGAGUGGUUUAAAACCCCACAGGGAACCUUUAAAUUCAACUGCUUUGUUCAACUCAUUUAGCUCAUCUCCUAACUCUUUCUUGACCAUCAUGGAAGUAGUUUUAUUUUGGAGGAAAUAGAAAUGUUUAGAGAAAUCUUAGAUUUUCAGAUUAAAUUAGCAUUAAAUUUAAUCCAUCCAUUGGCCUAACCGACAGUCAAGAGGGCCUCAGUCUAUUGUGCAAGAACUCAAAAUCUGUUUUUUCGAAAGAAUUGUAUUUCCAGUUCUGAUACACAGUAUUAUUUAGGAUAAAUUUAGAUAUAUAGUAUACUAUAUGUAAUGAUUUUAAUGUAGUGUAGUGGUAUAAUUGAUAUGAACUAGUUGGUUUGGUGGACAGCUGCAUUUGUAGUUUAUUCACUGACGAGGAACAAAAAUGAGCAUUCAUGAGAUCGAAUUUUAAAUUUUUGCUAGACCCUAUAUCCACCUGACCAUUUUAUAUAUAGGGAAACCUUUUGUUUGCUUGACAUCUGAUAGUGUUUAUAAAUGUUUUGAAGGAAUGACAAAUUUACUUUAAACAUGUUUUCAGACUGUGAUGCAUCAAAUGAGUAUAUGGAUAUUUUUGGACACUGCACUUCAGUAGACGUAUUGCCUGACUGUACUUCCCUUUAAAUGUUUACUAUUUCACCCUCAUUGUGGUGUAUGUUUAUAUACUGUGCACAUUUACCUUGGAGUCAAGGCACCAGUAAUAAUAAUAUUUACUAUUACUUGUUUGCACAUAUGUUGUUUCAUGAUGAAACUUUUCCAUGUCAGCAUUUUGGGAUAAUUGUUUUUUUUUAAUCUUUGUUGUUUUUCUCAUUUCUUCCAGAUGAUGGCAGUAUAAAUCUGUAUUUUUAAUAAUUAUUAAUUAUUUAUUUAUUUCAUUUUGCUUUUCAUUAUAUCAGAUACAUUUGUUGUUUGCCAUUAUUGUUGAUUAUUUUUUCAAAUAACUUUUGAUUGAGUUGCUGUAAUGUAGGAAAGAUUUUUUGUUUUAUCUAGUAAAGACAUUUUUAUACAGAUUUAUGCACUGAUAGUGUUUGUUAUUUCAAAAUAAACUACUAGUUUGGCCA